AUGCAAGUUUUUUUCUGGUUUUUUAACGUUGUUUUUUUAUCUUUAUUUCUGAUCGCAUCUGCCAACGGCCCUUUGGCUUUGGAACUUGACCUUGCCAAAUCUAACGAGCGUUUGCAAGCCUCUGAAAAACUAGUGGCUUUGCACAAGUUGACAGCUGAAUUGUUCCACAUGUACGCUGAAUCGGGCAACGCCGGCGGCGAUGGAGUGGUUAUGGUAGCUCCAUGGGAUCCUAACUUUCACUAUUGCUUCACCCUGGCUUGUGCCUUUAUUUGGGCCCAAGCAAUCGAGCGUUCUGAGGCGAACAAACACAUGCCUCCCAAUUCCAGCGAGUUCAAAUCCGAAAUAGCAAAAACCCGAGUCUUACAUCCGGGUUUAAAGUUGAAAGACCGGUUGAAACUGUGUUUUCCAUCUCUUAAGAUACAUCGUGUUACUAAUGUUGGCGCUUCUAAAAAGCGCCAGGUUGAAAUGUCACCUACUAAGAAACAGGGUAAAUACCGGACUUUGGGUUAUGGCUUGGUUUCCCCCUCCUCGCGUGCAACCGCAAGCAAUAAGAAGACUGAAAAAUUGAAUAACAUCGAUUUAAUUUCUUCGUCCGAUGAAGAAGACCUCAAACCAUUGAAAUUGAAAACUGGCGUCAAAAUAGGAUCUCCUUCCAUCCGACGCUAUAAGCGAAAUGAGCUUUCGGGAAAAGCUUCGUCCACCAAGAAGGCUAAGGUUGAGCCAGCAGAAUUCAAGACCGAGCUCAAUUCAGACGGCUUUUUGCCACCCCCUGAUCGAUUCUAUUAUCUAGAAGAAGACAAGGCUGUCUACUCCGAUGCCGUUAUGUCUGCUGCCGAUAACGAUGAGCUCGAGCUCCUCAUGGAGCACAUGAGGAGCUCGAGCUCCUCCUUGAUCAGUUUGUGA